CGAUACACAAUGCUCUAAGCUGACGUAUAUUUAUUCUGUUCACAGUAUUUUUCGAAGCUCAUAAAUUUCUCAAUCUCUCUCUCUCAAAACCACCAGGAUCAAAUCAGAAGAAGAAGAAGAAGAAUUCAAUGGAUCCUUGCCCAUUUGUUCGUUUAGUUAUUGAGUCAUUGGCCCUUAAACUUCCUUCCGCCACCAAAUCGGUGGGCCUGGCUGGAGUCGUCCCGUCCACCACCCCAUGCUAUGCGAAGCUCAAAAUCAAGAACUUCCCUUCACAAACAGCACUCCUCCCCCUCUGUAACUCAACCACCAACGACCCACCGGAUUCCUCCACUUCCGCAGCGGGCUUCCACCUCGACCCCGACGCCCUCCGCCGCCUCUCAAGCAAGCGCAUUACCCUCAAAAUCUCCAUUUUUGCGGGCAGCAUUGGACGCACUUGUGGGAUCACUUAUGGUAAGCUGUUGGGCUCCGUUCUGGUUUUGAUUGACAUUGGUAAAGCUCAGUCGAGGUGCGCCGUGUACCAUAAUGGGUGGAUGAAACUCGGCCAGAACGGGAGCAAGCAGGAUAAGCCGGUGACGAAACUGCAUUUGACGGUCCGGUCUGAACCGGAUCCUCGAUUCGUGUUCCAAUUCGGAGGUGAACCGCAGUGCAGCCCGGUGGUUUUUCAGAUUCAGGGGAAUAUAAGCCAGCCGGUUUUCAGUUGCAAGUUUAGCGCCGAUCGGAACCACAGGUCACGGUCUCUCCCUCCAGAUUUCAACAUCAACAAAAGAAGAUGGAUGAUGAGAACUUUUUCAGGCGAUAGAGACAGAUCAGGAAGGGAGCGAAAGGGUUGGAUGAUCAUAAUUUACGACCUAUCCGGUUCCCCCGUUGCGGCAGCCUCUAUGAUCACACCAUUUGUCCCGUCCCCGGGGUCUAAUCGUGUUUCGCGAUCGAAUCCCGGUGCAUGGCUCAUUCUCCAGCCUAAUGGCGACACUGUUAGUAGCUGGAAACCUUGGGGUCGUCUCGAGGCUUGGCGCGAAAGAGGACCGGUCGAUGGGUUAGGUUACAAGUUUGAGCUUGUAACCGACAAUGGCCUAACUAGUGGAAUCCCGAUUGCUGAAGGUACGAUGAGCGUUAAAAAGGGCGGGAAUUUUCGCAUUAAUAACAUGAUCAAGGGUGGUUUCGUGAUGAGAUCGAGUGUGGAAGGUGAAGGAAAAGUGAGCAAGCCUACGGUACAAGUUGGAGUGAGGCAUGUGACUUGCAUGGCCGAUGCUGCACUAUUCGUCGUGCUUUCAGCUGCCAUUGAUCUCAGCAUGGAUGCUUGUCGUCUAUUUUCGCACAAACUGAGGAAGGAAUUUUGCCAUGAUGAACAAGAAUCGUUCUUCUAGGACUUAAGUCGAAAAACGUUUCAAACUUUUAAUUUCUUCAUUUGCAGUGACAACCGUCGAAUUCUAGGACUUCGGUUUGAGCUUGAAAGCUACCCUUUUUCCCCUUGUUACCCCUCAGAUUUCAUCUAAACCUAAGCUGCAAAAUUUCUGGUGUAACCAAGAUUUUGCUCAAGAGAGCUGAUACUGAUUCAUUAUGCAACUUUUACUUUCUAAACAUCACAA